AUGUGGUCGACCACAUCUGUCGUCUUUAUAUUUGCCAUAUUUGGCGCCACUGCUUCUUUGGCGAAUGGUUACCGUUAUCAGAAACCGAGCGCCAACACAGUCGUCACAAGUUUUCAAAAAAAGUUUUUGGAUACAUUCAUAGCGGGAGAUCAGGAAGCUCUGUCGGAAAUGUUCAUGGAUGCUUAUUUUGCUCAUAAUUGUGAAGGACUCAUCAAGAAAGAUGAGGCUGUUAGAGAAAUGAUGAAAGCACGCGAGAAGUAUGCGGAAACCGAAGAAAAACUGAAAUUUCCAAUUGGAGACACCCAUGAUAACGGUAAUUUCAUAAUAUUUCUCCAUAAGUCGCCAGUUAGUAAACGUUUGACGGCAUGGGCGUUGGACAGAAAAACCAUGCAACUUCAGUCUUCAGUCGAGCUAUGUGGAAUUUAUUAA